CUCAAUGUCGAAUCUGAUGUAUAGGCGGACACUGAAAAGUAUUGAUACAACAUAUAGCGGAAAAGUCUGUCAAAGAUGGGACCAACAGUUUCCACACCAGAACGAUAUAUUCGGUUCUCAUGUUACUCAGAUUGUAGACUUGCCACAGUUUGAAGACAAUAACUGUAGAGAUAUAUGGGACAAUGGUUAUCUUUGGUGUUUUGCGAGAGAUCCAUCCACUAGAUGGGAAGCUUGUAACGUCAGAAAUGAUAUGACAGUGGAAAGAGGAUGCAGUAUCGAUGUCUACAAUAAUGGGAGAAAUAACAUGACUACAUCAGGAAAAAAUUGUUUGAGUUGGAAAGAAGCAUAUGAUGAAAAUCUGCGGACAUUGCAAAAUUAUUGCCGUGACCCGUUUGCCGACGGUUAUGCUUGGUGCUUUGUUAAUGCAUCCUCUGGAAGGGGAAACUUCAACAGGGAGAUUUGCGAGAUUGGAGGUUGAAAAAAAAGUUCAUUUGACAAAAUGUGCUUUAUAGUUUUUUAAGAUUUCCAAAUGAUAUAAUUUCGCUGAAUUUACCAUAAAAAGCUCCGUUUUAAAUCAGUUAAAAUUUUAGGUGUCUAGGUUAGUGUAAAAACAACAUAUUAAUGAAAAUGAGCUUUACGUCUUUCAUGAACAAUUAAUUUACACACGACCUUUUCUCAACGUAACGCAUAUUGGCAGAACAAUUUAUUCAAAAAUUGAAAAAUUCCUGCCUAUAUUCACAGAAUCAUUUUGAAUGUAACUUAUUAAGAAAAUGAAAGAAAAUGAUUUUUUUUUUAGAAAGUAAGUUUGCGGC